UUCUGUGCUAGGCAGGGAGCAAGGGGGUUGGCCUCCCCUUCCUUGCCUUCCCCCUGGGCCCGUGCUCAGGCCUUCGGCUUAUUUGCCUCAGCCCUAGUCUGGCACGGGUGAGUAGCUGUUUCUUUGGCGACUUCACUCAUGCAUCGCUACCAUGUGCCUUCAAAAGCGUUACCUACCACCUGCCCCUUUCACCUCCUCCGUGUAUUUACUGGCUCGUUGGGAAUUCAGAGGCUUGACGUUCGGUCCGGGCCAUCGCUGUGCUACUUUUGGUGCUGGUCUAUACGCACCCGUUAGGUACAUUUCAUGCGUAAAUGCGCAUGGACCCUGCCUCUGGUCGAUCGCGAUGCGUCGCCGCUGCGUAGUGAAUUGCCCUGUAGGGGAUCUCCUUGCUACAACAACUCCCUGGCGUCGUCAUGCUCUCAGCACCCAGCGCAUGAGUAGAUUUGAUUCGGUCAUGACCAGAUUUGAGCUUUGCAGCGUUUGGUUGCCUCAUUGCUUUGGACGGACCAACGAGUUGAUGGACGUUGGCUUCCCUCACUGCCGAUGGCUAGUGUCGUUCGGAGCAUCACUGGCCGAAUUCAGUCUUCAGCCCUGGUCCGAUCGUACACCCAAGCACCCUGAAGCCUUCCGAUCUCAGCUCCGUCGUGCACCAAACCGGUCCCAUCUAAAUCCAUCUCAGUUUUUCUGGCCCCCCUGAAUUCCUCAGUGGAUGAGUUUAACGAAUCUAUUCUACCCCAACUACUGGGAACCUGGUCGGUUCACUUCCGCUACCAUUCCGUCAUGGAUGAUGGGGGGGGGCAUGGAACGGCUGUCACUGCACCGCUUCCCUUGGUUAUUCAGCGCUCAUGAG